ACGUGUGCGUGUUCGGACGAAACUUUCUCGACGCUCUGCAUCAUUGCACCACUGCUGUGAACGGACGCGCGUGCGCGAGCUCUGUAUAGUAUUAUUUGUGCGUUUCGUACUUUCGUAAGACGUUUACCUACCCAUCUAUAAUAAAUAAUAAUAUUAUAACAUUUUCAUACGUUACGUUACGCGUACUGCUGUAAUACAGUCACUCGAAAAGCGAUAAUUAUUAUCGAUUAAUGUCGACGUAGGGUCUUGCAAGCCGUCCGACCGAGACGAUAACAGGUUUUGCUAUUUGAAAAAAUAAACAUAUUAUUUAUACAUUAAAUUUGCCUGUCACGGCGUAGAGCAUCGACGUUUCGACGGGGAAAAGCAAACCGUCCGGUCCAACGAAUCCGACGUGCACGUUAAUGUACGUCCGCAAUCGUCGUUAUUAUCAUUAGACGUUAAUAAGUCAAUAGUCCGUUUCGUCGUUUCGUGAACCCAAACCAUAGUCACGACGCGGUGCCCGGUCAACAAACCCCGAAACGAUCGAUUUUUACGACGGUCGGACGUUAUUCGUGAGCCAGUCGUUAGUACGAAUCGUCGUUAGUCGUUACCAAGCUUUACGUUUUAUAAUCGUCUCCGCGUCGACCGUGUCCGUCGUCGACCGCUCGUUUCCCUUCCAAUCGAAUACCACCAGCGGGAUAUCGCGGCUCUGUGGUACCUGAGUCUCCCCGCGUACCGCUUGCCUACCAGUUGUAUAGUCGUGCGUAUAAUAGUAUUAUUAUUACUAUAGAAGAUUAUAAUAGUGAAGACGUAAAAUGUGUUAUCACGGAAACACAAUGGCAGCUUGAUGCCGCUGUAACAAUAACAAUCGAUUGAUGGUGAUAACGUUUUUUUUUUUUAACUUUUUUUUUUAAUUUUUUUUUUUUUUCACCGUUCAGUGUUUAUAAUUUUAUAAUUCAUUGUUUACGAUAAAGAAACAAAGACUGAACGGCACACACAUUUCCGUCGCUGCCUGCUAAUCUCCGGGGAACGGUCGUUCAGAGCCUCUCUCAGUUUGAUUUCUUAUGUUAAUUCACGAAAAGCAGCAGCCGCCGCGGCGGCGGUUGAUUUAUUAUUUCUAUAAAGCUUGCAAAUCGAUUAAUUUCGGUACGCGCAAUAAUUCAUUUUCGUAACAAUGCACUGAUUCUGCGGGCCGUGUGGACUUUGAAAAAAUGGUCACUGUCAACAGCAACAACAGCAGUAGCAGCACCAGCAACAACUCAACACAAUUAGUUGAAACGGUGUCAAUAGAUUAUGACGAUUUCAACGACGCUUUUUUGACGUGCGCCACUUGUCUGUGCGUUUAUGAUGGUGUUGAACGUGCUCCAAAGCUUUUACCGUGCUCACAUACUGUGUGUCUUCACUGUUUGACAAAGAUUGCAGCAGCAGCUCACAAUCGACGUACAGCACAAGACUUGAACAAUGGUCGAAACAGUAGUAGUACUAUACAAUCAUCUCAACAACAGGAAUCUCAACAACAGCGGCAAACCUUUAGGUGUCCAAUAUGCAGAGAACUUAUAGUUGUUCCUCAUAAUGGUGGAGUCACAGCUCUUCCUCCAUCAUUUCUAGUCAAUCAACUACUCGAUUUGAUAUCAACUCAUAGACGACGCACUUUAAUACCAACUUGUUGUGGUGGUGAUGGUGUAUUAUCUUCACAUAUUAAUCAGGAAUUGCUUUAUUGUGAAACAUGUGAUCAAGUAUUCUGCUCAAUUUGUACUAAACAUGAAACAGCUAUUAGUGAAAGUACCCUUAUUUCAUCUAAAUCUCCACCAUUAGUUCAUACAAUCAUACCAGUGUCUGUAGCUAUGAAACGUACAUCUGAAAUAAUGUUGUAUAAAGCUAAUGAAUGUGUAACAAAAUUGAACUAUUCGAGAGAUGGAGUAUGUGCUGAAUUAGAACGCUUAGAUACAGCACGUAAUGAAUGUUUAUCUACUUUGGACGAUACAUUUAAUGAUUUGAUGAACAUAAUAGAAGUCCGUAAACAACAAUUGCAGCAACAAGUACAUAAGGCUUUUGAUACUAAAAAUAGAAUUUUGAGUCAACAACUCUCAGCUAUUGAUACUGAAAAAACUAAAGUUAUGGAUGAAUGUGGCAAUGUCCAUCAAUUAUUGGAUGUACAGUCUAUAAAUCAACGAAUUCAAAUUUUAAACGAUCGUUUGCAAAAACCUACUGGCGGUAUUGAAGAACCUCGUGAAAAUGCUUUUAUUGCCUUGGACUUAGAUCUAACAGCAAUAAAAAAUGUUAUAAAUAAUGCAAUAGGACAAAUGGGUCGGGUACGCACUACAACUACUUGUCCUGGUAAUUGUACACUGGAUGUUGCUGAAUCAAAUGAAAAUUUAUUGAUACCUCGUUUAGUAGAUUCACGAGUUGCUACUUUAACAGCUUUUGACUAUGAUGGGAAACGACGUAAUUUAGGCGGUGAUCCAGUAACUUUGAAAUUAAUUGGACCUUUAGAUGACAUACAACAAGAAAGGACUGCAAAUAAUUUAGAACAUAAAUAUGAAAACAAUACUAGUGAUGAUGGAGUACGUAUUAUUGAUCAUAAAAAUGGUCAAUACACAAUUCGUCUACGUUUAUCUAUUUGUGGCAGAUAUCGACUUCAUAUUUAUGUGCUAGGUAGACCAGUUGCAUAUAAUGGUAAUACUGGACAUAUUGACUUCUCUGUAACAAAAAACAUUGACCCUACAUGCCAAUAUAGUAAAGGACCUUCAAUGCAACAGCCUGUUGCAAUUGCUAUAGAUCACCACUCCACUAGGGUGUAUGUUUUAGACACAGGAAAUUGUCGCAUAAGAGUACUUGACACUCAUUUAAAUUAUAUUUGUGAUAUACAAAACAUUGAAGCUAUGCGUGGUCGUUCUUCAACUGGUAUCGGUUUAUUGAGUGAUGAAACAUUAGUUACAGUAAAUUGGCGUACAAACAUAGUGACUCAAAUGAAUCUAGACGGUGAAACAGUUAAGUCGUGGACACAUUCAAGUAUGAUCGAACCUAUGUGUGUUGUUGUGGACAGAAUUUAUGAUCAUGUAUUAAUAGGUGAUUCUUCAUGUAACAUACAUGCAUUCAAAGGGACAACAGGGCAACAUCUAUUUACAAUAAAUAAUAAGAAAAGUAAUGGAAAAUCUGCUGAAUGUGUUGGUACAUUUAUGGCAAUUGGGCCAAAUUCACAAAUUAUUGUUAUUUCUAGUAUAACUACAACUGGAUGUCGCUGUUUAGAUAUAUAUUCAUGCAAAGGUACUUAUGAGCGGUCAAUCACAGUUAUGACAACAGAUAAAUCCACACAUUCAUAUAGCUCAUUGGCUACUUGUAAUAAUUUUAUACUGGCUACUAGACGCCACUAUAAUUCAUACGUAAUUGACUUGAUUGAUAUGGAAACUGAAAAACUAGUUAACACUGUUGAUUCCAAUGGUUGCAAAUUACGUCGUCCAGCUGGUAUGGUAGCAUUUUCCGAAGUUCAAGAUUCUGUUACUGAUGAUAGUCAACAAUGCUCAUCAUAUUAUUUAUUGGUAACUGAUGUAGCAGCUGAUAGCGUAAAAAAAUAUCAAUUUUUUUGAUUAGCAUUAAUCUACUAUUUACUAAACAAAAAUGUACUUGUCUACUUAAAUAUUUACUUAAAACCAUUAUUUGCGUUGAAUAUUUCUCUCUCUUUAUAUUUGUGUACUAUGUUUUGUGUAGUUUAGUCAUUAUAUAUUUUAAUUUGUUAAAAAAAAUUCCUGUUUUUAAAAUGAAUAGUUAACAUAUGUUUAGAUAUGUUUAGAUAGAUAUAUCCUGAUAUUUGAUGAUCCUAUUAAAUUUAUUCAAAAACUAAAAGCUCAAUUUUUUUGAAUAUAUCUGAUUAUAUAUUUUAGCUAUUACUGAAAGAAUGUUUACAAUGUUUGCAAAACAUU